AUGAUACUAGUGACCCUUAUGACGAGGAAGACUAAAGAAAAGGAAAUUCUUGAGCCCGUGACCAACCUUUGCAUGAAGGAAGCCUGCAGAAUUGGACUUCACGUCCAUACAGUUAGUGUAUAUCCCUUUUUGAUGGGGUGGCCCAUGACCGGGCCCUACAACAGCUUCUCAUUCUUGCAGCCAGUGACCCUUGUGAUGGGGUGGAUUGAAGAAUUGAAAGAUUCAAGAAUUUUGAGCUCAUGGCCAAUCAUUGCAGCUUUGAAAAUGACUUGUAGCACUGGAUUUCUCAUUUUUAUAUGCAAUAGCCCUUGCGACAGAGUGGUAGCACUAGAUUUCUCAUUCUUAUAUGCAAUAGCCCUUGCGACAGAGUGGAUUGAAGAAUCGAAGGACCCAAGAGUUUUCGAGCACAUGAUUAAUCUUUUGCAGCAGUUUGAAAGUAAACUACACCACUAA